CGUCAGAGUGUCAGCUAACCCAGCCUACAUCAACUAGACUCCAAUUUCUGUAACCAUGCGAGCCGGCGAAGCUCGACAAGGUCAUUGGCCAGCGCGUAAGCACGAAAGUCGACCUCAGGUAUCUCGGGACAAAGUAUAAGGGUCGCCGGGUAGAAUAGUAUUUUCAUCAUCGACAACUUCAACCAGCGCGCCCACAUCGUAUCCUCCAAUGUGUCUGAAUUGAAUAUACCGAUCUUUCUUUCGCACAUUCUUCAGAUGUACGCAACAUGUCGUUCUUUCGGGCUCCCUGGAAACCAGGUCUAUCACCAACAAUACAUAUUACCGUCACGGCGAAAACCUUCGCUGUCAGAACUCGCUGAGCUUGUUCCCGCCCUGACUUGUAGUUUCUUUACGACGUGUUAUAUCGUUCGCGCAGAAUCGGCGCGAGAGGAUUUCCUUGUAAAUAUCGACUCCCACAGUCAAAGUCUCCUCCGCGCAGUUAGGCUCGAUCUGCUGCUUAAAAACGUGCCACCGGGACUGGCGCUCGGCUCCUGCCUGGUGUUGGGGUGUUGUCUGUCGUCGUAUACCCACCGCCGGCGAGAUCGGGAUCCGUACCAACCCGUCGUGUUCGCGGUCUGGAUCGUCUGGGCCGUGUGUAUCGGCUGGGGAACGGGCAUCAGCGCCAACGUGGUCACGCUAGGCAUCGUGCCGUGGGCCUCGUGCGCCGCGAUGCUUAGCAGCUUCAUCGGACACGUAGGAGCGCGAUGGGUCUCAAACAGAGAGAGGUGUCAAGGCGUCUAUACUAUGAGCGUAAUGAACGAGAAGGCAAUAUUCUUCGAUACGUGAUUUCCGGCUGUUGUUUCUAUCUACCACGAGGUUAAGAGCCGCUAUUCGGUGGCUGGCUCUUGAUCGCUUCUACGCGGAGACAUUAAAAGACGCUUUGACAGCAGUUACCGUACUGUUAGUGCGGCUGGCGCAUAUCUUUUUCGAUAUCUGUGUGUUAUCCCCUUUUUUCUCCUUUUUCUUUUUUCGGCACUCGAGGUUCCGACUUUCUUCACACAUUUAGCGGCAGGUUCGCCUAUAGCUGCUAAUGACUAGAGAUACCUACGAGAAAUUAAUAGAAGGAGGUAAUUUGAUUU